UCAGCCGCCGCCGCCGCCCGCAGACGGUUGGAGCCGCCGUUGUGGUGGGCGCCGCCGAGAAGAGCGACCCCCUCCCUCCCCCCAAGCGCCUCCCGGAGCCGCCCGCCUGGCAUUUAAAUCAAACGGUACUGAGAUGGAUUGGGUUAUGAAACAUAAUGGUCCAAAUGAUACAGCUAGUGAUGGAACAGUACGACUUCGUGGACUGCCAUUUGGUUGCAGCAAAGAGGAAAUUGUUCAGUUCUUUACAGGGUUGGAAAUCGUGCCAAAUGGGAUAACAUUGACGAUGGACUACCAGGGGAGAAGCACAGGGGAGGCCUUCGUGCAGUUUGCUUCAAAGGAGAUAGCAGAAAAUGCUCUGGGGAAACACAAGGAAAGAAUAGGGCACAGGUAUAUUGAGAUCUUCAAGAGUAGCAGGAGCGAAAUCAAGGGAUUUUAUGAUCCACCGCGAAGAAUGCUGGGACAGCGACCAGGACCAUAUGAUAGACCAUUAGGAGGAAGAGGGGGUUAUUAUGGAGCUGGGCGUGGAAGUAUGUAUGACAGAAUGCGACGAGGAGGUGAUGGAUAUGACGGUGGUUAUGGUGGUUUUGAUGACUAUGGAGGCUAUAAUAAUUAUGGCUAUGGAAAUGAUGGAUUUGAUGACAGAAUGAGAGAUGGGAGAGGUAUGGGCGGCCAUGGCUACGGUGGAGCCGGUGAUGCAAGUUCGGGUUUUCACGGGGGCCAUUUUGUCCAUAUGAGAGGGCUGCCGUUUCGAGCAACUGAAAAUGAUAUUGCUAACUUCUUCUCACCACUGAACCCUAUAAGAGUUCAUAUUGAUAUUGGAGCAGAUGGCAGAGCAACAGGAGAAGCAGAUGUGGAAUUUGUGACACAUGAAGAUGCAGUGGCUGCCAUGUCGAAAGAUAAAAAUAACAUGCAACACAGAUACAUCGAACUGUUCCUGAACUCCACUGCCGGAGGAGGUUCCGGGAUGGGAGGCUCUGGAAUGGGAGGCUACGGCCGAGAUGGAAUGGAUAAUCAGGGAGGUUACGGAUCGGUCGGCCGGAUGGGGAUGAGCAGCAGUUACAGUGGAGGAUACGGUACUCCCGACGGCCUGGGUGGUUACGGUCGUGGAGGAGGUGGCAGUGGAGGCUACUAUGGGCAAGGGGGUAUGAGUGGAGGUGGAUGGCGUGGGAUGUACUGAAGAGGCCCUCCCGCCAACACGCCCUGGCAAACAGCAUCUGGUCAACUAGACUUUCUUACAGAUUUCAUUUCUUUUGUAUUUUAAGAACUUUAUAAUGACUGAAGGAAUGUGUUUUCAAGAUAUUAUUUGGUAAGCAACAGAUUGUGAUGGGAAAAUCUGUUUCUGUAGGUUUUAUUUGUUGCAUACUUUGACUUAAAAAUAAAUUUUUAUAUUCAAACCACUGAUGUUGCUACUUUUUAUACUAGUUACUCCUAAGGAUGUACUGCAUACGAAAGAAUUUGGUUAAUACGUUUUAUUGCCCAUCGGUUCAAUAAAAGGUGGUUGUACAUGUAAUUUAUUUGGAUGUCGAUUCGGUUCUCCUUAAGCAUAAAAGUGUCUUGGAGUGACGACACUUGGUAAAAGAAAUGCCUGAUCAUUAAAUGCUUUUGUUCACUUCAUUAGAUUUCUAUUAAAAAAAAAUCCCAGAAUGCUAAAGUGAAGGUGUGAAGAAGAGCUGACAAAACUGUUAAUUCUGAAUUCCAGACUUUUUUUUUCCCAAUCAAAUGUCUAGGUAGCCACAGUCAUCUUGUAGCAUCGCCCCAGCUGGGCUAGGUAUAUCCGAUUUUCAGUCAUCAGAGUUCUCUUCAGUGUGUUUAAAUUAAAUGUAGUCUUUUGGGCACACAUUUCAUAUCUAAUGUCUUGUAACACAGUUUAGUUAGUGAUUAAUGUAUUUUACCACUUAUGUUACCUAAAUAUUAUAUCAAGUACCAAAAACAUUGAAGGGAAAUGUAGAUCAGUUUAUUUAAUAAUGGAGACCUCUAUCCAUUUGGCUUCAAAAGUAAAUGAAAUACAUGGGUAUUAAAAUCGAGCAUUUUUGUUUAUCUAGACCUCAACUGAGUUGCCCAUGGGCUAAAGCUUCAAUGUAAUUAUUCGGUGGAAAGGAUGUCUCAAAAGGGAAGCAAACGUCUAUUAAGACUAGAUCAUGUCACGGUGUUCACUAAAACAAUUGUUUUGUUUGCAUCUGACAUGUACAUGUUAUAACUAUUUUGUUGCCUACACUGUGGAGGAAAAUGUUUUUUUUUAACUUCUCUUCCCCUUAAUCUCUGUGGACUUUGCUUUCCAUAUUUUCCCUCUUAAUUUUUGUCAACUGUGAACUCAGAUAUCGAAUGAACUUUUGUCACCUGUUUUGCUAGUAAUGUUCUAUUUAUGUAAUAAAUGUCAAUGUGGGAGACUAAUA